AUGUCUAGAAUGCGCGGCAGUCACGAGUUAACUAACUACAUUGACACUCAAGGACAUCGUCGAGAAAUAAGCCGGCGAAAGACAGACCCACGAGCUCGGGGGCGUCAAAACGCAAGUCCGUUGCUGCAGCUUCCAACAGAGAUAAUCCAGUAUAUUGCAUAUCUUCUCCCGAGCGAUGUCGACAUAGUCAAUCUUGUGUCGUGCUGUGUCCACCUAGCUAUGGUGAUCUUACCGGCUCACUCGUCCAUCUGGCGCCAGCGAUUCAAGGACCUUUACGGUAUCCCUCAGAGACGUCCUUCAAGCGAGCUCAAACUGGAGUAUCAGAUACGUUCUAUUGUGCUGUCUCAGAAGAUCAGCUUCCGAUACGGCCAGAAGAAGGAGCAGACAUUGUGGCUGGAAGUGCUGAGAGACAUGCUUCUGGAGGCACUUGAAUCAGCCCCGACAGAUGAACACACUGCUCCCAAGCUCCUCGAGCAGAUUCGUAAGACACUCCACAACUCAGAAUUCUUGAACAGACCUGUGUGCGGAUAUGGCGACAAGAAGGCCGAUGCCCCUUCUGAGUUGUUUUGCGCUGUUCAGCUAUGCCUCACUCAUCUGGUGUUGGACCCGUCUAUGGCCUUCUAUUGCCUCAGGAAUGACUAUGAUAUUGGCGUCGUAUAUUCAUUCCAAGUGGAUAUUAGUGAGCCGCUUGUGAGUGUAGACAAGCUGGACUUAGAGAAGAUUUUGCACAUUCGCAACUUCUGGCUUCGCCAUCUCCUCAAUCCGAACGAAGCGACAUUCUACUCCUCCUAUACAUCGCUGUGUCAGCGACCGAAAGCCACGCGACCUCUGGCCGACAGCAAAUCUUGCGUUAGUACUCAUUGGUUGGGGUAUUAUUCGUGCAUCCAUCCGUAUCCAGAUUCGCUGAGUCGUCUGGAACACCGUCAGACAUGCGCUGAUCUGGAAACACAUUGGCCGCAGGUGGACCCUAUGUCUUUGCGAAUCAAGCUAGACUCUGACCCGUUGAACUGGCCGACCUUAUUCGAGUCCAUCAUCCCUAUCCUGGGGUCGAGAACGCAUUGCUCAUACUUUCGCGGCAUUGAGACACAGCAUGGAUCUGAUGACGAUUCAACGUACCUGGUGCGCGGCUUUACAGAAUCCAUCCCCACGGCUCACGGUGGCUUCCCCAAUUGGCGCCGUAUAUGCUUUGCAAUCUACGAUGCGGACAGGGAACAACUUCCGCUUAUACCAAACGAUGAUGAGACAUCUGGAAAGGGAAAGGAUGAUCUGUGGCUUCCAGAGGAAGCGUGGCCGCCAUAUGAUUUGGAGGUCGAAUUCAAUUGGAUCCAUGGAUACGAGGGAGCCAUUCUCCCCAGUGGAACGAUCAUGAUCGGACGAUGGAUUGAUAUGGUAGAACCGAAUGCUCGAGGCCCUUUCAUUUUCUGGAGUAUGUGA